AUGCAUCUCUCUCAUAUUCUAACCCUCUCCCUCACAACCACCGUCCUGGGGAGCGUGAUCUCCCGCCCAGCAAUCAAAGACUCUACCAUCCUACGCUCCACCGUCUCCUGUGUCAACUGCCCAGACAAAAACUGCAACAAAUGCACCCUCGGACACGAAAAAACACUCAAAGCCAACACAGGUGGCCACGCCUACCUCCGCUGGCUCGUCGGGUUCUGUCUCCCUGAAUCUUUAUCCUCUACAUCAGUUACAAAAUGUAACGUGCAGUUUCCUGGUUUCACGCAACAUGGUGGAUAUCCUGCCCCUGUGAACGUGACUGUCUCGCGCGCUGUCAGUUCCAAGUGGAAUGAGGAAGACGUUACGGCGGGGAAUGCUCCGGAUGAAGAUAAUGUGUCUACAUCUGUGGUGAAUGUCCCGGCUUAUUCGAAUCUGGAGGCGUUGGAUGUUACCGAGGCGUGUAAGAGGGCGGAUGAGAAUGGCGAGUUCUCGAUAUAUGUUGGGACGCAGUCGGGAACGAUGGAGGUUUGGUCGUUGGAUUCGGGGAAUGCGGCGAUUUUGCAUGUUACGACUGAGUAA